GGGCGGGCACAUCCCGGGUCGGUCCUCCGGGCGCCAGGCGCCGCUGCGGAGCGGGCGGGGCGCGGCGCGGCGCGGCGUGUUUAUAUCCGGCGGGGCUUCGCCGCUGCCCUGGGGUCGCCGGGCCGGGUUCGGGGACGUCCGCGCCAUGGAUACCUGCGACCUGUUCUCCAGCUGCAGGAAGGGGGACGUGGGCCGAGUGCGGUACCUGCUGGAGCAGCGAGACGUGGAGGUGAAUGUGCGGGACAAGUGGGACAGCACCCCCUUGUACUAUGCCUGCCUCUGUGGACACGAAGAGCUGGUGCUCUACCUGCUAGCCAACGGAGCCCGCUGCGAGGCCAACACCUUCGAUGGGGAGCGCUGUCUCUACGGGGCCCAGAGCGAGGCCAUCCGCCGGGCCCUGCGUGACUACAAGCAGGUGACGGCCUCCUACCGGCGGCGGGACUACUACUAUAGCUGCCUGCUGCGCCUCCUGGAGCAGGGCAUCCACAGCGACGUGGUCUUCUUAGUGCACGGCAAGUCCUUCCGGGCACAUCGCUGCAUCCUGGGUGCUCGCAGCACCUACUUCGCACACAUGCUCGACACCAAAUGGAAGGGCAAGAGUGUCGUGGUCCUCAGGCACCCUCUGAUCAACCCCGUGGCCUUUGGGGCCCUCCUGCAGUACCUGUACACAGCCCUGCACCCAUACCCAGGCUGCCUGGACGUCGGUGUGGAGCAUGUCGGCGACUGUGAGCGUCUGGCCAAGCAGUGCCAGCUGUGGGACCUGCUCGGCGACCUGGAGGCCAAGUGUAGACCCCCGGCUGCGGGAGGACCUGGCCCUGCUGGCCGACUGUGCCCUGCCCCCCGAGCUCCGGUUGUCUUGUAUCUAAGUCAACGCGGGGCAGCGGUCGUCCUCCAGGAUGAGCUAGAACGGGCUCUUGGCCGGGGCCGGCUGCUCUCCCGUCUCCUGCCUGCUCUGGUGGCACCUGCUCUGCUGUCCCCCGCCAGGGUGAUCUUGGCGAGCUGCCCUUCCCUUGCGACGGCUUCAGCAGCUGUCCUGAUGUCUGCUUCCGAGUGGACGGUUACAGCUUCCUCUGUCAUAAGCGAUUACUUCCGGGCCCUGUUGGAUGACCACUUCCGUGAGAACGAGGAGCUGGAGGCGUCAGGCGGCCUCCUGGCCAUCACCCUGCACGAGGUCUCGCCCGCCGUCUUCACCCAUGUGCUGUACUACGUCUACAGUGACCACACCGAGCUGCCUCCCGAGUUGGCCUACGACGUGCUGAGUGUGGCUGACAUGUACCUGUUGCCAGGCCUGAAGCAGCUGUGUGGCCGUGGCCUGGCCCAGCUGCUGGACGAGGACAGCGUGGUGGGCGUGUGGCGCGUGGCCAAGCUGUUUGGCCUGGCGCGCCUGGAGGACCAGUGCACGAAGUACAUGGCCAAGGUCAUCGAGAAGCUGCUGGAGCGGGAGGACUUCGUGGAGGCGGUGAAGGAGGAGGCCGCGGCCGUGACGGCCCGGCAGGAGACGGACUCCAUCCCGCUGGUGGACGACAUCCGCUUCCACUUGGGCAGCACCGCGCAGACGUGCAGCGCCAUGGAGCAGGCAGAGCGGCAGCUGCGGGCGCUGGAGGACCUGCUGGCGUCUGUCGGCCUGGACUGCUGAGGGCUGCGCGCCAUGUGGUCUGUGAGCUCGGGGCGUCACCGCGCCGGUAGGCGCUCGGCGGGGCUCCCCUCCUCUUUGUGCCUGGGGACCCCGGGGAGGGGCACCUGGGGAUGAGGCCUCUCCCGCAGCACAAACCAGCCCCAAGACCCUGGGGCUGGGCACCACUCAGGGAAACCUGGCGGGCCGUUUCUUAGGGCCUCCCUCCCACGUCCCACCUGCUCCUGGCCCCUCCUCGCAUGCUUUCCUGGGUGGAGGCGGCAAUAAAGCUUGAAUUCACCGUGGGAGCCUGUGUACCAGGGACAGGGCCCCGCGUCUGUGGGUCUGAGUAGGCAGCCCCUCUGAUGACCAGACUCCCCUUGGGGACAGGGUUUCCCCUUGGCCCUGGGAGGUUUCGUGGGGCCAGAGGUGUUUGCCCUCAGGUGAGCUAAGGCAGGGCUUCUGAGCUCGCUUACUGAGCAGCUGCUCGUACGGCUCGCCGUGGGGCCUCAGCCCAGCCUGCACCUUGGGGCGCAGGGCCCCAGCUAAGCAGACCUGGCCUGGCUUCCUGCACCCGCCUCAGCCACUGGCUGUGGUGCGUAUCAGUCCAGGGGGUGCUGAGGAUGGAAGCCACUGUUUGUUUGUUUUACCCUCAGCCCAGGGCCUCCUCGAAGUGAACACUGUUGAAUCAAAAAUUUCCAUACAUUUUACUAGGAAAUAUUAUAUGCAUUCUAUUCCAUCACAAGAUCCCACUGGGAAAAACAGAUCAACCGUUAACAGAGUAAGCAAAAACAGAAAAGAAAAACGGCUUGUACGUCAAGUGGAGUGUAAGGGCGAAGAGGGCCUGCCGGCGGGGCAGCGGCCACAAGCCGACCGACCGUGCUGUGCCGAGUCCCGGGGGACUGGAGCAAAAGACAACCAGGAAUCCUGCUUUGAAAGUUCAUCAUUAAUUUUGAUUUAAAAGUAAAGUAUUACAUUAAACUAUU